AUGGUGAAUUUCUCUCGUAUAAUUCAUAGCGGUCAAGGUGAGGAAGAUGAACCAUUUGUAUUGGCUUCCCAAGCAAAGAUGGUGUACUAUAUCGAAGACCCGAGUGAACUUGGUUGGAAUAUAGCUGUUCAUAUCCAACCUAAGGACUUGUAUGAUAUGGGUUUAUCUGAUAUAUCAGAUGAUCUAUUUGAAGAUAUUGACAUAAGUGAUUCAUGUGCCAAUGAGGAAUUGCUCAUCUCGGAUGAUAUACAGAAUGUUCAACUAGUUAGAGAUGUUUUAGAUGAUGAUGAUGACAUGGAUGAAUUUCAUGAGACACAUUAUGGAGAAGGGAGUGAAUCAUAUUUUCAGCAUGAUGAGCAUCUUGAAAAUACCAAUUUUUCUCAGUUUAUGCAUACACAAGGACGUGAGAGAGGAAAAUGGGUGGUUAACGUAAUAGAUUCAGAAAGAAAUGUAACCGAGGAACGACUUAAUGCCCAAGAUAUAUGGGGAAUGGAGAAUCGUAAAGUCAUUCUUGAGUUUGGGCCAUAUGAUCAACCUGAAGGAGGAAGUGGAGGUCUAUUUGGUACGUUUCUAGGACAGCUGAGUAAUGACUUGAAUAAGUUUCCGAUAACUUAUGAAGACUGGAGGAAAGUACAGUCAUGGAGAAAGGAUGAUGUAUGGGAUUACAUUCAGACUAAGUUUGAUUUUGAUGCCUCAAUCAAUCGAAAGAAGUUUAUCAUGAAAAGUCUAAGUCAAAAAUGCAAAGGCCUAAAAACACGUUUAUGGCGUUCUUGUCGUCGCAAUACCCCUGAGGAAUCUAUGGAAGCUAGACCAGAUUUUAUUCCAAAAGAGCAGUGGCAAGACUUUGUGCAUAUGCAAUUCACUGAAAGAGCUAAGAAACUAAGAGACCGAAAUAUAAACAAUCGGAGCUAUUACAAGAUACCUCACACUUUAGGGAAGAAGAGCAUUUGUCGAAAAUCUAAAGAAAUUGAAAAACUUGCUCAUACAAGGACUCUAAAUACAGGAAUCGAUGAAUUCUCUCAAGUUUUUGGAGCUGAACGUCCUGGAAGUGUUCGUUGCGUUGGUCUUGGUCCUACUCCUUCCACCUUUUUCAAGAAUCGGCCUACAACAACAGCAGAGAAAACAGAAGUUGCUUGCUUGAGGAACAAAGUCAAUUAUCUUGAAGAGGAACUGGAAAAGUUGCGUGAUGUGGUUAACAUGAUGAAAAGCAGAAGUUGA